AUGUACGCUCAUCAGUAUCCCUUGGCCAUGUUGGCCGUCGCAUCGCCGACCUCGGCCUUGCCUGUCUUCGAUCAGAAGCUCCUGGGGCCGGCCUACCCGGCCCCCUCCUACGUCGCCGCCGACGCUUCGAUCCGGGCCACGGCUGCCGAUGUUUCGGCUGCCCUGGGUCGCGCUUUGGAAGGCGGGCAGACCGUAUUCGGGAACCUAACUGGCAAAUCGACGUCGUUGUCGAUGACUGCCCUGUCGGCCCUCGACGACUCGCCCUUUGUUGACUUCCACUACACUGCGCGUGUCAACCUGUCUUCCGAAAGCACCACGAGGGUAACGGCAGAGACCAUGUAUAGAGUUGGAAGCAUCUCCAAGCUCUUCACCGUAUAUGCGCUCCUCCUCCACGGCGGAGCCAAACAUUGGGACCGCCCAGUCACCGACUUCAUCCCGGAGCUGCGGGACGCGGCUUCGAAGGCGGACACAGAACUUCCAUUUGAGCAUGUGCAGUGGCACGACGUCACGGUUGGCGCCCUGGCGUCGCAGCUGUCUGGCAUAGGACAAGACUAUAACACCGAUCUGGCUACCGAGAGCUUCCCCUGGACCGAGCGCGGAUUCCCGCCUCUGCCUCAGAGCGAUAUUCCGACCUGCGGCGCGAACAGCAGUUACCGUCCAUGCAGUCGCAAGGAGUACUUGGAGGGCUUUAUAAAGCGACAUCCCGUCCUCCUGCCGUAUACAGGCCCGACGUACUCCAACUCGGCCUUUACGAUCCUGGGCUACGUCCUGGAAGCCAUCGCCGCCUCGUCCUAUACUUCAGUUCUAUCCCAAGACGUCUUCCAGCCUCUGGGCUUGGAGAGGACGAGCACAGACCGUCCUUGCGUCUCCGGCAUCGGCGUCAUCCCACGGGGCGACUCGGGAUGGAACUGGACUCUGGGGGACGACAAUCCAAACGGCGGCCUAUAUUCCUCCUCGCGUGAUCUGGUCACAUUUGGCCGCGCACUGCUGACGAGCCAGCAACUAUCCCCUCAGGAAACGCGCCGGUGGAUGAAGCCCCAGGCACAUACCGCGUCCCUCUCGUUCUCGGUCGGCGCCCCAUGGGAGAUAAUACGUACAAGGAGCCAAGUCAGCAGCGGGUACGUCGUCGACCUGUACACCAAAACCGGCAGUCUCAAUCAGUAUCAUUCUGUCUUGGUCCUCGUGCCCGAUUUCCAGGUAGCAUUCGCCGUGCUAGCUGCCGGUCCCGAGAGUGGACAGGCGCUCCAUAUAGCGACUGAGACGACGCUCCAGGCAUUUUUACCCGUCAUGGACAGACUCGGCCAGGGCCAGGCAUGCCAUAAUUUCUGCGGAAGGUACUCCGACGGGUCGGGCUCCUUUUUGGUGCUAUCCACAGACGACAACGGCCCGGGGCUGCUCGUCGAGCAGUGGGCGAGCAAUGGAUCCGACAUGUUGCGGACGCUGCAGGCGUACUCGGACACGAGGAAAAGUGGAAUCAUCACAUCUGUAAGGCUUUACCCGACGAUGGAGGCAGUUUCACUCGGCAACAGUACAGGAUCCCGCUCAGCCGCCUUCCGCGCCGCCUUUAAGACGCUUCCGGCUGGCUAUAACGCGUCCAUCCGGCGCAUAUUUGAUCCCAACGCGGAACAGUGGAUUGCGGUAGACUCCCCAGAGUACGGGCGAAUCGGCUUAGAUGACUUUGUUUUCCACCUUGAUAGCCAGCGCAAUGUAGUUGCUGUUAAGCCUCAAGCGGUAAGGCAAACGCUAUACAAGGUCGGCAGCUGCUAA